CGCAUAUAAUAUUAUCCUCAUUUAGUUCAAUACCAAUAGUGCUUAUCAAUCGAGAGCUUGAACGUGUGGAGCAGACGCAAUAAUUCCACAAUGACUUUUGUCAACGGUGCUCUUUUCGUUGGUGCCCGAUGUCUGUCAAGGGGAAUAGCCAGCCUUAUUAAAGAGAAUGGUAUACACCACGGCUGUGUCAACAGAGUUAUCAAGGCAUCUUUUCCAUGGACUCUUGCUACACGAUCAUUUUCCCUUGGGGCAAAGCUUCAGAAUGUCAGAGUGCAGCAUCCUGCUCCAGACUUCAAAACUACAGCUGUGGUGGAUGGACAGUUCAAGGAGCUUCAGCUGUCUGACUUCAAGGGGCAGUACCUUGUGCUGUUCUUCUAUCCUUUAGAUUUCACUUUUGUGUGCCCAACAGAAAUUAUCGCCUUCAGUGACUCCAUGGAAAAGUUCAAAGCCCUUAAUGCAGCAGUUGUUGGUGUCUCUACAGAUUCACAUUUCAGUCACCUUGCCUGGAUCAAUACACCUAGAAAGCAAGGAGGUCUUGGUGGUUUGCGGUACCCUCUUCUGGCUGACUUCAACAAAACUAUUGCUCGUGACUAUGGAGUGUUGAUAGAUAAUGCUGGCAUUGCUCUCAGAGGCCUAUUCAUUAUUGACCCUAAGGGCAUUGUACGUCAGGUGACAAUCAAUGAUUUGCCUGUUGGUCGAUCUGUGGAUGAAACUCUGCGACUUGUGAAGGCGUUCCAGUAUACAGAUCAGCAUGGAGAAGUGUGUCCAGCCAAUUGGAAUCCAGACACCACCCGAACUAUCAAACCAUCUCCAGAGGCAUCCCAGGAGUACUUUAAGAAAGUCAAAUAAAUGUAUCAGCUGCAUUUGACUGUCUGCAUCUGAAGAUUUUGAUGGUGGAGCAGUUUCUUUUUUCAUAAAUCUAAACCAAAGCAGGUCUUUCCACAUGAAAGUUACUUGUUAAUUAGAAGUUUGUCUGUUUUUUUCAUGAGUAAUGGAUAAGUGUGAAAUUGUAAAACUUGUGCUUAAAAAUGAAGACAUUCUGUGUUUCUGAUGAAACAGAAAGUUAAUAUUGUUGCCCUCAGAAGACAUGCUUUGAAAUUUUCAUGCAUGCAUAUGUGUUCAGGAGAAUGGACUGUUUAUAUUUCUUCUAUGAAUGUCUAGUGGCUGACAAGAAAGAUUGGCAGUUCAGGAACUUUGGCAAUCUUGAAGAAAGUACAAGCUUUUCAAGUUUCCUUGUGUGACGUUUGGUAAUAUAGGAAUUAAUCAUGAAGAUUUUCAUGCUGUGUAAAUGAUAGCAGCAAGUCAGGCUUAUAGAAUGAAAAAUCAAGUCUUUAAGUAGAUUAGUUUAACAUGAGAAUAAAUUUCACAUGUAAAUUGUU